UGUAAUUAUAAGGUCAGACAAAAUUCAUCAAUUCCUUUCAUUUUCGCCGGCGACACACACCGGUGAAAUGUCAUUGGAUCUGUCUCGUCUUUCCCUUCCAUGUUCGCCUCGUCUCUCUUUUUCCACUCACGCUGCUUCGAGGAAAGGAUACGUUAAUUGCUCGAUGAAGUCCUACAGAUUAUCUCAACUUAGUUUUUCCCAAGUUGAAAACUUAAAGGCACGCCCUCGCAUUGACUUCUCAUCUAUCUUCACCACUGUUAACCCAAUCAUUGACGCGGUUCGUAGCAAAGGAGAUGUUGCUGUCAAAGAAUACACUGAAAAAUUUGACAAAGUUCAACUGAAUAAAGUGGUGGAACAUGUGUCCGAGCUUUCUAUUCCUGAGCUUGACCCCGCGGUAAAAGAAGCGUUUGAUGUUGCAUAUGACAACAUAUAUGCAUUUCACCUGGCCCAAAAGUCAACUGAGAAAACCGUUGAGAACAUGAAAGGUGUCAGAUGUAAAAGAGUGUCAAGAUCUAUUGGGUCUGUAGGUCUUUAUGUUCCUGGUGGAACAGCUGUUUUGCCAUCCACCGCUUUGAUGCUUGCAAUUCCUGCUCAAAUUGCUGGAUGUAAAACAGUUGUCCUCGCAACUCCACCAGAUAAAGAAGGAAGCAUAUGUAAGGAGGUGCUAUAUUGUGCUAAGAGGGCUGGUGUAACUCACAUACUUAAAGCUGGUGGAGCGCAGGCUAUAGCUGCCAUGGCCUGGGGGACAGAUUCUUGUCCUAAGGUUGAGAAGAUUUUUGGUCCUGGGAAUCAGUAUGUUACAGCUGCUAAGAUGAUUCUUCAAAACAGCGAGGCAAUGGUUUCGAUUGAUAUGCCUGCUGGCCCUUCAGAAGUUCUAGUAAUCGCUGAUGAACAUGCUAGUCCAGUUUACAUUGCAGCAGACUUGCUUUCUCAGGCUGAGCAUGGUCCAGAUAGUCAAGUUGUUCUUGUUGUUGUAGGCGAUGGUGUAAAUCUCAAAGCCAUCGAAGAAGAAAUUGCCAAGCAGUGCAAAAGCCUACCUAGAGGAGAGUUUGCUUCAAAAGCUCUAAGUCACAGUUUCACAGUUUUUGCUCGAGAUAUGAUUGAGGCAAUAAAUUUCUCAAAUCUGUAUGCACCCGAACAUUUGAUCAUCAAUGUCAAAGACGCUGAGAAAUGGGAGGGACUGAUCGAGAACGCAGGUUCGGUUUUCAUGGGGCCGUGGACUCCAGAGAGUGUUGGAGAUUACGCAAGCGGGACUAACCACGUUCUUCCAACAUACGGAUAUGCGAGAAUGUACAGUGGUGUUUCUCUCGACUCUUUCUUGAAAUUCAUGACUGUACAAUCCUUGACAGAGGAAGGUCUGCGAAACCUCGGUCCAUAUGUGGCGACUAUGGCUGAAAUCGAAGGUCUAGAUGCACACAAGAGAGCCGUCACUCUCAGGCUCAAGGACAUCGAAGCCAAACAGCUUUCCCAAACAAAUUAAUUUAAGAGCAGUUUCAGAUUCAAUGGAGGCAAAGAUUGUUAUGAGUUUUUGACAUGGGAAAAACAAAUUUGGUUUCUUUUGAUUGUUUGAUUAGAUAAUAACAAUAAUAUAAUAGAUGUUGUUACACUCAUUGUCAUUUUCAUCAUUGAAAUCCGAAACCUUUCACAUUUAA